CGCCCACGGGAGGGGCCGAUAGAAAAUGGCGAGUCUGUGCAAAAGGCAGCAAUGCACGAUAGAGAGGCGCGGCUUUCGGCAGGAACUUGACUCUUGGAGGCACAAACUCAUUCACUGUGUAGGCUUUGAAAGCAUCUUGGAAGGCUUGUUUGGGCCAGGACUAGUCAAAGAUAUCACCCUUUUCCAAGACUGCGAGCCUGAGGAAGUGUCUGACUGGUCCUUCGAUGAAAACUGUCUCUUCUGCUGCUUAAGACGUGAGAGAGUCAAGGAGCACAGUGUAGAGAACGGUGGAGGCAGCCAGGUGCUGUCGAAGUGUGAAGACUUCAAACAGGAGCAGUCUCGGAUCAGCCGGCUGGAGAGACAGGCCCAAGACUUCCUCAAUGCUGUGUUCCACAGAAAAGACCUCCCAAGUUUCUCAGAACCUCACAUUCCUCUAGUGGCUCGUGAGAUCAUGCAGCGAAUGAUCCGCCAGUUCGCUGCCGAAUAUACCUCAAAAACUACUCAGGACGACUCGCCCCUGCCCAACGGCACCAUGAAGGACCAAAGCCUGCCGAGAGUGGCGUCUCUGGCCCCGGCCCCAUGUUCCCCACCUGGGCCCCUGCCCACGCUGAGCUCCCCUCCAUCGUCUGCCUCCUCCUCUCCAUCCCCUACACCAGGUCCAGGCCUCAGCCCCAGCUCUGCCACCGCUGCUGCUGCCUCAGCACCUGCCUGCAGCAACGGUACGGGAGCAAGUAAUGGUGGAGGAGGAGGUACAGCUGCUGCCUCUGCACAGAAUCCCGUCCUCAGCAAGCUUCUCAUGACCGACCAGGACGGCCCACUGGACCUCUCCGUCAAAAAGAACCAGGACGACGACCCAGAGCCCAGCCAGCAGGACGGCGUCCUGGAUCUCUCCACCAAGAAGAGUAGCGCAGGCAGCCACAAAACCUUCCCCGGCUUCUCCCCUGCGCCUGGGGUCAAAGGACGUUCCCUCAAAGUGGAACAGAACCUGCCAGAGGUGGAUGAGGAGGAUGGCCUGCUGCAGAAAAGCUUGCAGGACGGACUGAGGGAGAAUUAUGUCAACUCCAACUCCUUUAAGCCUCCAUUGGCUCGCUCGCUCCGUAUAAAGGAAGAGCUCCUCAGCCAGAAGCACCAUCUCCUCAGCCAGCCUGCUGCUCUUUCAUUGGCUAAUCUAGAGUCAGCUGGCUUGCUCAAUCAUGGGCAGUCCCAUUCCUUGCUUGGCCAGAAGGGCUCUUCCUCUUUCUGGGGAAGCAAGGCCCAUCUUGAUAGCCUGCUGAAACUAAAGCAGGCCAGUGGAGCUCUGAGCGGGGCUCUCAGCGACCUCAAAGACCUGCCUACAUUCCUGGAGAAUCACCACCACAACCACCACGGAGCCUUCUCCUUCAAGAGUUCCCUCCACCAUCACCACCACAAUCAGAUCUCCAAAGCCCAACACCACCACAAUGAGGGCAAGCGAGACCAGGGCCACUCACCUCCUGUUGACCUAAAGAUCCCCCAAGUUCGGGGCAUGGAUCUCUCCUGGGACUCCCAUGCCUCUGAGCUGUACGGCUAUGGUGCCAUGGGGGUUGGGGGUGGUGGUCAUGGGGAGAACACCCUGAGCCGGAAGCUGAGAGCCAUCCUGCCCAAGCAGAACCGUCGUGGAGGAAGCCUUGGAAGCCUGCUGGAUGGGGCAGCUGAAUACUGGAGCUCCGACUUGGACCACUCCAGUUCUGGGCCAGCAUAUUCCACCUCAGAUGUGGAAGGGGACCCAAACUCCAAGCAGCCAAGGAAGAAGAGGGGCCGUUAUCGCCAGUACAACAGUGAGAUCCUGGAGGAGGCCAUAGCAGUAGUGAUGAGCGGGAAGAUGAGUGUAUCCAAGGCUCAGAACAUGUACGGGAUCCCGCACAGCACCUUGGAGUACAAGGUCAAGGAGCGCUUGGGAACCCUGAAGAACCCCCCAAAGAAGAAGCUCAAGGUGAUGAUGAAGAUGGAGGCAGGAGGCCAGGAUUUUCCUGCUGAGUCAGAGAACACGCCCACCGCAAACCCACGAGACGACGGCCAGCCGCUGGCAGCUGCUGAGCUCAAGGACAAUGUAAAGGAAGAGAUUGAUGACAAUUUCAAACCAAUCGACUAAACAACUUACACAUGUAAACCUCAGUCAAAUGACUAAAGUAAUUUGAAAACGGAUGGGGCUUUAUUUGUGCCAAUUUACUUUGCAGUAUCUGGGUGAGCACAAACGCAGGGAUAAUAUGAGGCGGAUUCUUAAAACAAACUGGAGAUAAACAACUAAUCGGAUGGUUUUUAACAAGCAUCGCAUGAGUGAUGCUGUAUAAGCAUUUGUUUAGCUUUUAUAUCCAGGGGCUUAACAAAUGCAGCUAAAGACAUUAGUUAACUGACAAUUAAUGAAAUUUCCAUAAGCAUGCUGAUAAUCCUCAGCCCAAAAACCCCCUCUUUUUUGAACUCAGUAUACUGAACCUUUGCUGCUUAUAAAUGCAGUUUGGACUUUGGACCAUUCCAAUUUGGGGAAAAAAUGAGGGGAAGGUUGAAAAUUAACUCCUUAAAAAACUGACAAAUUAGUCCCUUUACUGCUCCCCUCUCUCAUGGAGUACUACAGUAGCUGAAAAAUUGGUAAGUGAACUGUCUGUUAUAUUUGAAGCCAACUGUAAGGUUUAAUCAUACCAUUGAUAUUCCUCACCGGGGUUCUGAAUCAAAACCCCUUUCUCUUAUUGCCAGGUAGCCAUGACGCUUUAACUGCAAACCUUUCCUUUCCUCCUUAAGAUAUUCUGCUAAUCUCUGUGCGGACGAAAGCAACAUUGACCCGUCCUUUUUGAAUGAGAAAAGACACACAAAAAGUCAUUCAGGGAUGCAUGUUUGUGAGUUUCGUGGACACUACUGACUUCUAUAAUCGACAUCUUUUCCUCUAUCUUUAUCUUUUUGUUUGAUUUGUUUUGCUUUCUUUUGCACUACACUUUGGGUCUGGCGCUUACAGACCAGGUUACCUCGGCAUUGUUGCCCUUGCAUCAUGCACUUAUUAUGGUCUGUCUCUGAAGCCCAGUCGCAACCUCGCAAUGGGUCAGAGGUGCACAUCGCCUGUGUAGACUGAUCUAUAAUCAGAACCCAGAAAGCUCUAAAACUCUCUUUUUUGCCAAGGGACAAGUUGUGGGGUAAUCUGAUUAUGGAUCAGCCAUUUUAAGGCGGGAUGCUACCUCAUGGACCUCCAUCAGUGUCUCACUGCUGAUCCUGGAAUGCUAGAACUGCCUUCAGGUUGUCCUCCAAAUGGUGACCGAAGUGAGCUCAUCCCCUCAUGGAGAUCUUUAUUGGAUGAAGGCCUUUUAGGAUCAGAAUGUGAAACUGCUGCUAUCCAGUUGAUUAUCUAGCUCUUAUACAAGGCUUUAGCUAGCCUUAACAAAUGAGUUUUAGCUAGUCUUCGCUUACAACAACAACAAGAACACAUGGCUGAUAUUUUUUUUCCUUUUCUAAUGAAACUAAGCAGAAGCAACUUAGUUGAAGUUUUAAAAGAAAUUCUUCUCCCUCAAACUUUAAAGACAGUUUAAAAGCAGUUUAUUACAACAAUGUGCAUUUAUAAAGGGGUGUUCAUUUUGGGAUGGUGGGUGGGCAAUAUGCAUUGGGGAGGGGUAGUUAAUUGAGGCGAGGAAAAGGCAGAUUUAAUAUAUUAUAAAUUAUUAUGACUGAUGAUGUAAAAGCCAAUCCGUGAUUCUGGAUGAUUCUUUUCUCCUCAUUUUUAACUCAGGGUAACUGAGACAGAUGAUGUGGGUUUCAAAUAUGGCCACUUCCUGUUGGACCUAUAUUAGACAGACAGGAGGACAAGACAUGCCUCUCACUAAUGCUUUGUCUGCAGGAUGUGAGUAAAUAUGGCAGGGCAAUAGCAGAUAGACCUGCUAAUGAAUCAUGAUAAAGAACAGAAAACACUGACGUUGGGUUUGGGGAUCGAACUCAUGGCGCUAAACUUCUAAAAUAGCACUUUUCAGAAAUAAGAAAAAAAAAACAAGAGAGAAAGAAAGCUGUUUGGGGUUAUGCAUGUAGUGUAGCUCUUCUCUGGGGGAUAUGGAGCAAGGAACGAUGAGGAGGGCAGAGCAAUGGAAGAAAAAAGCUUUAGUGUGUGAAGACUUUCAGAAAGCUGCAGCUUGGACCCAAACUACUCUUUUUUCCCCUCUCAAUUACCUCCACGAUAAAAAAAAAAAAAGAAAACAAGAAAAAAAAAAGGUCAACAGCUUGAACAAGUUGAGUUUUGUGUAGUGUCGUCUCGUCGUUUCCUCUCCGCUCAUUGCUGAAGCACCAGGGAUAGAAAAACUAUCAUCACGUUUUACCAGGCGGGAAAAGAAUAUCCCUCAGAGGACACAGGUGGAAAGAAGAAAAAAAUGCUCUUUUGGUAUUUUCCAUCAGGAAAAGAUUGAAGGAGAUGACAAAAGCUUUUUGUUUGUCAUGUUUAUUUUGCUCUGUGGUAAAUGUUGCUCUUCGCUCCUAACACUGCCUGGUGCUCACCCAGUCUGUGAGAUCUUUAACACGAGAAUUGUACCUCUCUGUUCAGAUGAAAUGAUGAUGAUUCACUCCUUUUUGAAAUGUAUUGUACAUUUUAUUUAUUUGAUUUGUUUUUUUUUUUUCCUUUGAUUAUUCUCUUAAAAAUGGCAUGCACCACUUUUUUGGCUGAUUUUGGGGUCGAGCCAACUGAAUAUAUUACAGCAUUUCAAUACAAUUAAUCCUGAGCCAAAGAUGCUCAAAGUCAUACAUAGUUAUGGACUAAUCACAAUCUAAUUAGAAUCAGAAUUAACUACCUGUUGCAUACAAUCUUAAUUUUUUCUGUGGUUAUUGGUUAUCCACCUUAAGCUUUGUAGUUCCCUUGGCUUGAUUGGCAGGCUUGCAUGGCAAAUGGGGAAAAAGCUCUCGAAAAGAACCCAGGAACAACAGUAUUUCUGGGGGUUAUUGUUGCAUGAAAUGCGUCCAACACUUUGACAAUGCUGAGCAUUUGAAGUGUCUAAAAGGUUGUUGUGCGCGUUGAGUUGGACCCAGCGAAGGACAAUGCACUGAUCUGAUAGUUAAAACAGGAUCAAUGCCCCAGUGUUGAUUGUAAAGCACUUCUUAUAAACACGCCUCUUAAAAAGAAAAGGCAUGGUAGCUGCUCAUUGAGCUAGCUGUGAAUACAGUAUGACAUAAUACGGCUUAUAAUGUGCCCCCUCCCCUUAAAAACAGAACAAAACAAAGUUGCGACACUCUGCCUCUUAGCCUGUUUCAUGUAAUGCAUGUUAAGCAUGUAUUUGUGCUGAUAAGAAAAGAAAAUAUAUGUGUAGAAAUAGUGUAAUUGGCACUUAAUGCACAGGUUUGCAUGGAUAAACUCCAACAGCACUUAGACUGAAUUCCCCUGAGAGGGGCGAUUCCUCAAGGGCCAAACUAUCUCUAAACCUCUAAAUCCUUUACAAACAUUUUUUAUCUUUAAACAAAUUCUUAACCUCUUCUGUACCUUUGGCUUUCACUAUAUAUUUGCCAUUACUUUGUAAAAACACAAAUAAUUAAAAAAAAUUCAGUCCCAUUUUCAGCCUGAUCUUAUCUACUGAGGUGCAUGCCAUUUAUGGUAUAUUUAUUUCAUUUCAUUUCAUUUUUUUUUUUUCUGGGAUUUUUUUGAUUGUUUGUAGUCAUGUGGUUAACGGCUCCCCCUGUCCAAAAAAGUCCUCCUUCUUGAAACUGAGUCUCACUGCUGUUUUUAAACAAACCUCAUACUAUAUUAUAUACUAUAGAGAACAGUAUAUAUCUAUUUAUAUACAUAUAUAUUAACAGAUACUCACAUAAUGAAUGUAGUGAACUGAAUAUCUCAAACUCACAAAACCAGAACAGUGAUCUGCAAAAAAGAAAAAAAAAAAAAGAUGGCACUGUCAGUUCAUUUUUAACAGACUGUUGUUUUUAUUUGUUUGCUUUUAGUUUCACUUUACGCUGCUUGCAUUGGAAACGCAGUCGUUUUCUGACGCGGGCUUGCGACAGUAGCCUUCAGUACUGUAAAUGUCUCAGGAUCGAGCCAAUGGGAUGGGCAGCAAUAUUUGUCAGUCGGAAAAUGGCACAGACUUAACUACCUGUACUAGAUGUAAUUUAUAGACUUAUAUAUACACAGUAUAUAAAAUAUACGUCGACUUGGUCAGCAGAGACCAAGUGCUAUACCUCAAUCUCAGAAUAAUGACUCCUUUCCGUGCCUCGUACUUUUAUGUAUACCUUACCUUGCCUGGCGAAGGGAUAGCCGAUACUCUGGGAAAUAUAGUAUCCGCCGCUGUUUCUUUUCUUUUAUUAUCUGUUCGUUUUUUCUUUGUUUCGCCUCCCUCUUGUGAAGGGAGGAGGGAGACGCUUCAAGUGUCUGACUGACUAAUAUUUGCCACCCUACCUCUUUUCAGGUAUUUUUUUCACAACAACAAAACCUUAUAGAAGCAUAUAAUGAGCAUCAGAUUGAGCAAAAGAAAGACCCACAGGGAUUACACAAAUAUUCCUGUUGUUAGCACUGGAUGGGGUUGGCAUGGGAGGGCUGCAAACCUCUCAUUGCUUCCUCUUAAAGUCAAAACAUUUUGGGAUUCAGUCGUCUGGUUUCACCCUGGAGGCUAUAAGUCAGGUUGGUCCCACCCUGGUCUGAGAAAGAACAAGGUGUUUUUGUUCACUGUUUUUUUUUCCUUCUUUCUUUUGGAGUUUAUUGUGUUUUUAGGUGUAAUGUAACUCCAGGUUGAAACUUGACAGGGGAAUUGUUUGGUUUUUGUUUUGUUUGUUUUUUUUGCAUUUUUUUUAUUUCUCACACCCCGAGAAAUCAGAGACCCAGAGGGGAGAUUGGGGGACAGGUGGACAAGUUAACCUUCCUUUAUCUGCUGUCUUGUAAAAGAAAAAUAUCCUGUCCAAAAUCUUUUACACUGCAUUCCAAAAAAAAACCCACACACAGGAAAAUACCUUUAUAUGCUGAAAAAGCUGUACACUUAUGAAUAUAUGUAUUUAUUUUACUGUUUUUGCAUCUUCAGGUAAGCCAAUCAGUUUCUCUUUUGCUUUUCAUGUUGUUUUUUAUUUGAUUUGUUUUUUUUUUCUUCUGAGUGAAAGACUGUCAAAAAAAGUGAUAAAAAAAAAAGAAGAAAAAUAUGUUGAACAGCAACUACUGUAACCUCACUUAGUAGACGCCACAUGACGUGCCAUUUUGUUUCAGGAUGGUGUGUGAUGAUGCGGGCUACCAGGAAAGAAAUACCCAUAAUGUAUAUGAUUGCCAUGCUCCUCUCUGCUGAGAGGUUUCUUCUGUUUCUUUUUGAGUCACGCUGCAUAUCUGGUUGUCAUUUAUACCUCAGGUCCGACCAUGUCAAAGCAGCUGAUUGUACAUUAGAAACACAUACACACAAAGAAGAAGAAUCAGGAUUUUUAGUACGGCUCGUUUCCAGAUUUUUAGAUGUAACCAACAGAAGCAGUUUUUGAAAAAUUGUCGUUUCUUGUUGUCGUCGUUCAUACUGUUGUUAUUCUGAAAACAUAUUAUUUUCCUUUCUUUGUUUUCUUAUAAAAAAAAGACAAAUUGUUUAAAAGCCAGAAGCCAGGUUUCUGUGAAUACAAUGCUGUAUUCUCUCUAGCACAUGCAGCCGUGGAAGAGCAGAACGCACACACACAUAUGGCGCACCUACAGCAACAUACACGCUCCCUCCUCAUCAGGUAGCCACACUUUGUGUGGGCGGGUUAUAUGUAUAAUUAUAAAGCUGGGAGUCGUUUCUCUUUUAGAAGCAGGUGGGUGUGUUUUGUCCACAGCCUGCAGAACAUCAGCCCUGCUGGCUGAUUUUGAUCUGGCACGCUGGGACACUGCAGGCACUGCCUCUGUGAAAAUCACUUUGUUUUGUUUCUUGCUUACAACAAAGACUGCUUUUCUUCUUUUCUUUUUUUUUUUAAUCAACCUACAAAUCUUUUGGUUAAAGGAACAAAUCCUCCCUUAAGUUGUUCUAUCUGUGAUGUUCUGUUCAUUCCAGCAGCUAUCUUUGUUUGUCGUACUAUGUUUUGUAAGCUCCUCUUUUCCUUCAAUCUGCCUUGUCUAUUUCUGUCACUGUUUACAGAUUACUGUUAAAGGCAGCCAUGUCUUUUUAACAGUACUUUCUUAAAUCCAUAUUUAGAAAGUCUGUUAAAAGAUACAUUUUCUUUAUUGUGAGAUUUCACAUUCCAACCUGUGAUCAAACACAGGAGAAAAAUAUUUUCCAGUUAAGAAAAAAAGAAUGUUCCUCCCAGGUUUUUUCUUGAGGCUGCAUAACAUACUGGUCAUCAAGUUUGCUGGGGCAUUAGAGAUUGGAUUCUCCAGUUAAAUACACAAAGCUAAAAUAAAAAUAGCUGCAGGAAUGCAAAGAACAUCAUCGGUGGUUAUAUAUUUUGGGUCAGGUUAAAUCCCGUUCAUAGAAACCGCUGCAUAUUUUUGCAUGGAUCUUUGUCUUUGCUACAUAUCCAAGAAGACAGUCUCUCUCUUUGCAACAAGAUUUAUCUUACUAUCUUUACCUUUUGAGUGCAUUUUUAAAAAACAGUAAUCAGCACAUGGACUGACAGUUACAAUUCUCCUUGUGUGCUUUAGGCUUCACCGUACUGGCAUUUUUCCCCAGACAUUUGUCAAAGUGACGCCAACAGAUCUGUUAAAAUGUGCAUCUCUUCUGGUGUGGAGUGCAAUUCCAAGUGUUGUAAAUGUCAGAGCAUUUGUGGAGAUGUGACAAGCUGUCGUUCAGUGGCAGUCUGGCUUUGAAAGCAGAGCUGAGUACAGAUCUUAAAGGCCAGACACACCUCUAGAACGAUGCUGAUGUGCAGCAAUCAACACAACAGACACCUUCGCUCCCUUCCGUCGUAAUUCACUAAACAAGAAAUUUGGCAGGGGCUUGAUGUUUUGGAGGAAAAAUGAUAAUUGUUUGUGUAAAAGUCUUUGUGUUCAAAGGUAGUGGUUUGAGCAAUUAUUUUAUAUUGCAACUCAGAUGAGGUGAGAGCACAGAGUUACAUGAUAAUCAAAACUGUCUGAAAAUUAGAUUAGGACAAUGAAUUCACCCUUUGGUGACUCAUUUUUUUUAGAAAUUCGUGUGCUUUGAAAAUAAGAAAAUCAACACAUUUUUAGUGACAUUUUGAAUAUUGGCUGGAUGUGUUUUCAAACUGCACUCUUUAAUUGUUAACUGAAGCCUGGUUUGCCUGGUUCCUUUGACAUUAUUCGAAGCUGUUGAUUUCCAAAUUCAUUUCAUUACAUUUAAUCUGAUUGCGCUGCCAGGAAUAAUUCAUAAUUUAUUUGUUGUUUUUCAAUCAGUUGAAUCAGGAGUGCCUUUUGAAGACUCUAAUCACAAUCUAAAAUCUAAUCGUCAAGGGUUGGUUUCUUAAUCACGUGUAAUCUAACCACCCCAGUGAAAUCACAGAGCAGCUGCCUCAAGAACGACAUUCUUCUGUCGAAGCAAAAUGUCAUGUGAGAUUCAGGUCAAAUUUGUUGGCUUAAAUUCCCAGUCCCCCUCCUUGUGAUUAUGUUGCACUGUGUAAGAUUCACAGGCAGACAUUUUCUCACACUUGCUGUUCUCGCCUCCAACAAGCCCGCGGUGCGUCUCACCCCUCCGCCUCGUCAGAAAGCCUCCUUACAGAUUGCAGACAGACGGACUGUCGGAUAGACACGGCGGUCUGAGGAGGUGGAUGGGAGUGUGUCUAUCUUCACUUGAAAUCUAAGUGAAGUAGAAAAGAAUAAAGGCCGCUGAAGGUCGCUAUCCCCACCCCCACAGCACAGUUAAACAACAGGCUUUUAAUGGAACGAUGCUGAAAUUCCCGUCACAAACUAACGUUACUUCAACACACUGCAUCUCCAUCUAACAGGUGCUACCGCUGAUCUGAAACUCCACUUAGAGAGGAAAGGGGAUUAUUAGGGACAAAAUAUCAGACCUAAUGUGUAGGUUUGAAAAGGAAAAUUAGAAAAUAAAAGCCAUGGUGGUGUGAAGGGAAUCUGGACGAAAUGCUCUGUGAUAGAGUGCACUUCAUAAGGCGCCCUUGUGUGUUGCCAUGACAAUCUUGCAGCAUUGUUCCCAUGUGGAGGUGUGUCUGGCCCUUUAGAGCCACCUACAUGGACCAGCUGGUCUCUGUUGCUCUGAACUCAAAUCCAACUCUGCUAACACUGGUUCAUCUCCUGCAUUCGCACAGGAGCAUGGAAAUCUUGAGUUUGGAGAGAAUUUAACAAAAUUGAUGACAUCUUGUUGCAAAAAUAUGCUGUAAUGUGUAGAUGCUACUUCUAAUAUUGAUUCAUCUGACUUUUCCUAGUACAUUUUCUAAAGAAAUGCUCUUAACAGAAGACACGAUUCUACUAAAUCUUUGUCCAACACUGGCAAACAAAUAUUUACCAUAGAUUGUCUGUUAUCCUCUUCCCAUGUCCCCUUUUCUGUGUGACACUUCCAUCACAUUUUUUUAUAAGACUCUUUGUCUUACUCUCAUUUGUAUCCAUGUGAAAGCAUCUCUGAGAUGCUCUCUGCUGUUUCUGCUACCUCGGUCUGUCACACGGACUUGCCUGUGGGGAUCUUUUAAGGCGCCGACUGCUUCAGGAGUCAGGAAAUUGCACAAAGUUGAUUUGAAAACUAAAGUCUGUUUUGCCUGUGAAGUACGACUUCGAGAAUUUCAUAGCAUUAAUGGGCCUUAUGAACUUCAGGUCAGGUCAGGUUGACUAUUUCGGAAGGGUUUUGAUAAAAGAUAAAUACAGCAAAGUAAGCUUUGUCAGGUCUUCCACUGGCAGUCCCCAAAGACA